AUGUUCGCACUUGGGAAGGCUGAGGCGAAUGAUGCUGCCCAUAUGGCGCAGGGUGUAUCAGUGACAAACUCCUGGCCAUCGUUGAGCACUGUCACCGACGUCUGGCCUCUAUGCUGCGUCUGGCGUGCGGUCGUCGCGUUGCACGUGGCGCCCCGACUGCUGCUCGUCUCCAACUACGCGCAGUAUCUACGAUGGCGCGCCGCGCUUGUGGCGCCGCCUCUGCGGUCCGCCUUCGCUCUUCUGGCGUGCUUUUGCUCGGCGGUACACGCGUCCUCGGUGGGUUCCCUGUUCAUGAUGGCGUGCGCGUCGCGUCGCGACCACCCCAUCCUGCACGACACGAUGUUCGUGAACUGGACGUGGUGGUCGGUGCUGCACAUGGCCGGCACCUGCCUGGCACUGCGCAUGUCCCAGCACCGGAGCGACGGAUACCUGGUACGAAUAAAUAUUUGA